CUCCUCCUCUGGUACCCUGUGCCGGCCGUCCCAUCAUGAACCUGCUGUGUCGCGGCCGGGUGAAGCUGAUGGUGGCGUCCUUCACGGCAGUCGUGCUGCUGACCUGGCUCUACCUGCUGGCUGGGAACCUGGAGAAUGGCCGCUCGCUGCUGCUGGCGCCGUGCCUAGCGGACACGCCGGCGGCGGAGGUCCUGCAGCGCGCCGUGCUGGAGUCGCGGGUGCGGGAGGUGGAGGCCGAGAACCGCCAGAUCCGGCUGCGGCUCAGCCAAUCGCUGGGCACGGCCGCCCAGCCCCAGGAGGGUAACUACGGCAACCAGCAGUGGGGGGCGUCGGCGGACACGGGGCCGGAGGACGUGGAGAACACGGCGGAGGAGAAGAACAACCACACGGAGUGCCCGCGCGCGCCCAGCGUGCAGAAGUGUGAGCUGAUCCAUGUAGCGUGUGUGUGUGCCGGUCACAACGCCAGCAGAGAUGUGGUAACUCUGGUCAAGUCUAUUCUCUUCCAUAGGAGGAACCCGCUUCACUUCCACUUCAUCACAGACACGGUCGCCCAUCGGAUCCUCAGCACCCUGUUUCAGUCCUGGAUGGUUCCUUCGGUUCAAGUUAGCUUCUAUGACGCAGAUGAACUCAAGUCGGAGGUGUCGUGGAUCCCUAACAAGCACUACUCGGGCAUCUACGGCCUGAUGAAGCUGACCCUCACCAAAGCCCUGCCCUCCAACCUGUCCAAGGUCAUCGUCCUGGACACAGACAUCACCUUCGCCACGGACAUCGCCGAGCUCUGGGGAAUCUUCCAGAAGUUCACCGACAAACAGGUGAUCGGUCUGGUGGAGAAUCAGAGCGACUGGUACCUGGGAAACCUUUGGAAAAACCACAAACCCUGGCCUGCCCUGGGGCGAGGCUUCAACACCGGGGUGAUCCUGCUCUACCUCGAGCGCUUGCGGAGACUUCGCUGGGAGCAGAUGUGGAGGCUGACGGCGGAGCGAGAGCUCAUGAGCAUGCUCAGUACAUCUCUGGCCGACCAGGACAUCUUCAACGCCUUCAUCAAGCAGAACCCCGUCCUGGUCCACCAGCUCCCCUGCUUCUGGAACGUCCAGCUGUCGGACCACACGCGCUCCGAGCAGUGCUACACGGAGGUGUCUGACCUCAAGGUGAUCCACUGGAACUCGCCGAAGAAGCUGCGCGUGAAGAACAAGCACGUGGAGUUCUUCAGGAACCUCUACCUGACCUUCCUGGAGUACGACGGGAACCUGUUGAGGCGAGAGCUGUUUGGCUGUCCCAGCCAGGCCACUCCGGAGAGCAUCCGGCUGCAGACGUCGCUGGAGGACCUCGACGAAGACGACCAGUGCUACGACUUCCGGCGGGAGCGGAUCACUGUGCACCGAGUGCACCUCUACUUCCUGCAGUACGAGUACACGCCCACGGAGGACGACGUCACCCUGGUGGCCCAGCUUUCCAUGGACCGGCUGCAGAUGCUGGAGGCCAUCUGCAAGCACUGGGAGGGGCCCAUCAGCCUGGCGCUCUACAUGUCCGACGCCGAGGCGCAGCAGUUCCUGCGCUACGCCCAGGCCUCUGAGGUCCUCAAGAACCGCAAGAACGUGGGCUACCACGUGGUGUACAAGGAGGGCCAGUUCUACCCCGUCAACCUGGUGCGGAACGUGGCCCUGAGGAACGCCAACACGCCCUACGUGUUCCUGGCCGACGUGGACUUCCUGCCCAUGUACGGCCUCUACGAUUACCUCAGGAGGGCGGUGGUGCAGCUGGACAUGGCCCACACUAAGAAGGCUCUGGUGGUUCCGGCGUUCGAGACGCUGCGCUACCGCCUGUCCUUCCCCAAAUCCAAAGCAGAGCUGCUCUCCAUGCUGGACAUGGGGACACUGUACACCUUCAGGUAUCAUGUCUGGACCAAGGGACAUGCUCCAACCAACUAUGCCAAAUGGCGGACGGCCACCACCCCCUACAAGGUGGAGUGGGAGUCGGACUUCGAGCCCUACGUGGUGGUGAGACGCGACUGCCCCGAGUACGACCAGCGCUUCGUGGGCUUCGGCUGGAACAAGGUGUCUCACAUCAUGGAGUUGGAUGCACAGGAGUACGACCUGAUGGUCCUCCCCAACGCCUUCAUGAUCCACAUGCCGCACGCGCCCAGCUUCGACAUCUCCAAGUUCCGCUCCAGCCCCAGCUACCGCAACUGCCUGGGCACGCUGAAGGACGAGUUCCACCAGGACCUGUCCAGGAAGUACGGCUCGUCCGCCCUCAAGUACCUGACCGCCCAGAGGAACAUCUAGCGUCCCAGAGACACGGCAGAGACACGGGCACACACAGAGUGGGAGAGAGAGAGAGAGAGAGACAAAGAGAGAGACUCAUCUCAAAACGCGGGUCGGACGGCCCGUCUUCUACAGCCACAUACACGUGAAGCGGGCGGGAAGGGAGGGAGGGAACACUCGAGCAGAUGAAAGCGCUGACACGACACAGCGGCCCGGUGCAGCUCCACGGUGCCCUUGGUUUUUUGUCGUCUUGGUGUUUUGGGUUUUUCUUGAGUCUGCGCAAUCCGGUACAUUCGGUUCUCAAGCGGGGGGGAUGGGGGGGUGGGGGUGAACGACCGGGGGUUGGAGAUGCCAAACUGGAGGGAGGCCACAUGGGACUGUUGCUGGAGGAUCGCUGGUGGAGCAGGAAGUGAUGUCGCAGAGGAAGAGCGUCAGGAUACCGCUGACCAGACUAGCUUUAAGGCCAGGAAGAGACUGAGAUACAACCAUAUUGUUAUGAUUCGUUGAGACAAUCAAGGCUUAUUAUUUUGGGGGUUUUCAGAAGACACACUUGAGCUACUCCGUCCGUACAGAUAGACGGACAUUUAGCUCGAGGACAGAAAACAUUAGGUAUAGAGAAAUUAUUUGAAAUAUCCAAAUGAGAAGAUGAGACAGAGGCUUGGAAUUGGAGCUGGGGCUAUCGUUUGAAAGCCUUACCAAUUUUCCAUGAUAUUUAAUAAGAUAUUUAAUUAUAUUUUCAUUUUAUCCUCUGUGUAAAUGACAACCAAUGAAUAAUAAACAUUGGCAUAGACAAUGUUUUGAUUACAAUGUUGAUUAAGAAUGACAUAAUUUGCUUCUCUUUAUAUUUUUCUGACCCCUUGAGAAGAGAAUAUAUUGUGUUCCUUAUAAAAAAACAGAAUUGCAUAUAGAUCUUCUGUGUGUUUGAAAGUUUGCGUGUGUGCCUGUGUGAGUGUGUGUGUUUGGGGGUAUGUGUGUGUAAGUGUGCAUGUGUUUGCUGAUCUGGCAUGACUCUAACAUGCUCGACCCCGUGGUCCUGUUAUUAUUUUCUUUGAUCACAUCGAGGGCGUGUAUAUUUGCUUGCUUCGAAACAAUUGCACUACCUGCUACGUUUUAAUUUGAGAGCUAAAUGGUAAUUAAUUAACAGUUAAUUACAAGCGUUCAUCUUCACUGUUGUUUUAUUCCUCCCGCCGAAAGGAGCAAAAUAAAUCCACAGAUGUUAUAAUUAAUCAAUAAUUACACUGCACAAAUAAUGACUGAUUGGGACCAGUUAGCAUGACCAAUUUAAAUUACAAUUGGGGCUAAUUCAUGUUUUAUUAUAAUUAGAGUUACGGUAUCGCUAGUGAUACUAAAAAUCAAUUCCUGAUUUUUGAUCGAGGACUAAAGUAAGGUAUUCCUCGGUAACGUGUCUGAUCCACUGGAUAUAUGUGCCAUCUACUGUACUGCAAGCCCUCUCAACCUUCUCUCAUUACCUUUAACACUUUAAUCUCUCGUCAUCCCCCUCGUCCUCCUCUUUCUCCAUCCCUUCUCCACGCUUUGAAGUCAGCCCGGUCAAGCGGCUGUCCCAAACUAACGCCACACUCUGAUAUUCACCCAAGAGAUCCCCGUUGUGGCGGAGAUCCGGAGUGGCUAACGAGCUCGUGCAGGGCUCAGUGCGCUAUGUGUCGGGCCCCUACCGGGCCCCUGACGGGCUCCCCUGACAGUCGGUACCCAGCAUCGUCGUAGCGACGGCGUAGCGACGGGGGUGCUAUCAUGUCCUGUCGAGUCCCCACCACCACCCCUACCACCACCACACGCCUCCAACAUUGACUGUGCUGAUUUGCGGUAAAUGCUAGUGCCUUUGCUGUAUUGUGAAAACUGGAUAUUGAUUGUACUGUUGUACUGACAGCGCCUGGAGAUGGCCGGGCACUCUAUUUAUUAUUGUUGGACUCAAAUCAAUCAUAUUUUUCUAUGUAAGUGCUUUAAAUGAAUUCUGCCCUUUUUUUAAAUCAUUGCUUCUGAGAGUUUCUUGUUAUUUGUUUUCCGUGCAGAACCAUUGUGUAAUGUCAUGCGUUGAGGUAGACGGGGAACCGGCUUUAGGUUGGGAGUGUUCUAGGAUGAACUGGGUUCUCUGAAAUGGUGUACAAUCUGGUUUUCAGAAAUUGUAUUCAAUAUUUUAUGUAGUUAUAUUUUGAUAACUUAAAAUAAAAAAAGGAUGAGUUUGUGAAGUAAGCUGAGGUAGAAAAAAGAGCGUAUUUAAUUUGAAGUGAUUAAUAGGUAUUUGAGUGACGCAAAAAUAGUGGGAGCUAUUUCAAAUGAAAGUUAUAGUGCGUAAUCAUGAAACCAUCGUGUACCAAUCUUAUUCACAUAAAUAGCUUCCAGAUUCACACAAUAAUAAUGUAGUUUACUACUAAUUAAGAAUUGAUUAAUUUCAUAACAUUCAUAACUGUCCUGAUGACAAUACCUAAAUUAAAUUAUUUAGUUCCAUUGUUAAGACUUUUCACACUUUAUUAAAUAAAUCGAUUAGGACGUCCAUAUCAGUUAUGUCCAGGAAUUUCAUAACCGACAAUUUGUUUGCCCCAUUAAAAUAUCUAAAUUAAAAAGUGCACAAUAUUGGCUUAUCUCACACACUGUCCCAGAUAAGAUCCUUGUUAAAGUCUUAUUUGGGAUAAGCGGUUUAGGUAAACAUUUGUAUCCUUGUCACAAGCGUCCCAAUAUGUAUAAAUAAACACAAUAUGCUACUACAGGGGAGCCAACACAAAAUUAAAAAACAGAAGCGAUAAGAUAUUUUCCGCAGAGGCUGAAAUGUUUAGGCCAAUAGCCGUAAGGUUUAUGCCGAGUUAACCUUUAUCCCCGAUUAUUUAUAAUCGUAUGAUUGAUUUAGGAUUGGCCCUAACAUUAUAAUUAAUUAUUAUCGCUAAAAUUAUGCAUUCUUAUAAUAUUGGGUUGAGAUAUUUAGGUGCUGAAAAAUCGACUAUUAUGCAAAAGUGAAACUAGGAUAUUGCAUUUAUUUAGUUAAAUGUUAAGAGUCAAAGUCAUAUUAAAGUCCUAAACACAAAUGUGAUAAAUGAUUGAUUAGGUCGGUUGUGGGACAAUGAAAAUCAAUUUUUGAGAGAUAACGUGGACAUGCGAGAUCCACGGCACUUUUGACCAGAGUAAGUAAAACCAACACACAGCC